GAUGCCAAGUUGACAAAACGAAAACCAUCCAAGUAAGCAAACCCGAACACAGGGGGCCACGCCCUCUCAGUAUAUAAGGGCUUGUCCCUGUCCUCUGUAGCAAGCGCUCCCUGAGCUCGCAGCAUCACCAUGUCUGUCCGAUACAGCUCAAGCAAGCAAUACUCCUCUUCCCGGAGUGGAGGAGGGGGAGGAGGGUCAUCCCUUAGAAUUUCGAGCAGCAGAGGCUCUCUUGGGGGAGGCUUCAGUGGGGGCUCUUUUAGCCGUGGGAGCUCAAGUGGAGGCUGCUUUGGGGGCUCCUCCGGUGGCUACGGAGGAGGACUAGGAGGCGGCUAUGGCGGAGGUGGCUUCGGCGGAGGCUAUGGGAGCAGCAGCUUCGGUGGGGGCUAUGGCGGAGGCAGCUUCGGUGGCGGCAGCUUCGGCGGUGGCAGCUACGGCGGAGGUGGCUUCGGUGGAGGUGGCUUCGGUGGUGGUGGCUUCGGAGGUGGCUUUGGUGGUGGGUUUGGAGGAGAUGGUGGCCUCCUUUCCGGAAAUGAGAAAGUCACCAUGCAAAAUCUGAAUGACCGCCUGGCUUCCUACUUGGACAAAGUCCGGGCUCUGGAAGAAUCAAAUUAUGAGCUGGAGGGUAAAAUCAAGGAGUGGUACGAAAAGCAUGGCAACUCGAGCCAGCGGGAACCUCGCGACUACAGCAAAUACUACCAAACCAUUGAAGACCUGAAGAAUCAGAUCCUCAGCCUCACCACGGACAACGCCAACGUCCUGCUUCAGAUUGAUAAUGCCAGGCUGGCAGCCGAUGACUUCAGGAUGAAAUAUGAGAAUGAGGUGACCCUGCGCCAGAGCGUGGAGGCCGACAUCAACGGGUUGCGCCGGGUGCUGGAUGAGCUGACCCUGACCAAGGCCGACCUGGAGAUGCAGAUCGAGAGCUUAACUGAGGAGUUAGCCUACCUGAAGAAGAACCAUGAGGAGGAAAUGAAAGACCUUCAAAACGUGUCCACGGGUGACGUGAACGUGGAGAUGAACGCCGCUCCAGGCGUGGACCUGACUGAACUUCUGAACAACAUGAGAAGCCAAUACGAACAGCUUGCGGAGAAGAACCGCAAAGACGCGGAAGCCUGGUUCAAUGAGAAGAGCAGGGAACUGACCACAGAAAUCGACAGCAACAUUGAACAAAUGUCCAGCCAUAAAACAGAAAUUACUGAAUUGAGACGCACUGUCCAAGGUCUGGAAAUCGAACUGCAGUCCCAGCUGGCCCUGAAACAAUCCCUGGAAGCCUCCUUGGCGGAGACAGAAGGCCGCUACUGCGUGCAGCUCUCACAGAUCCAGGGCCAGAUCUCCUCCCUGGAGGAGCAACUGCAGCAGAUCCGGGCUGAGACCGAGUGCCAGAACGCCGAGUACCAGCAGCUGCUGGACAUCAAGAUCCGCCUAGAGAACGAAAUCCAAACCUACCGCAGCCUGCUGGAGGGAGAGGGCAGGUGAGUGGGGCGAGCAGCCCAGGGGACAGGAGGGCAGGGCUUGUCGAGCUCCGGAGGCGGAUCCUACGGCGGCGGGCGCGGCGGCAGCAGCUCCGGGGGCCACGGCGGCGGCUACGGGGGCGGCAGCAGCUCCGGGGGCCACGGCGGCGGCUACGGGGGCGGCAGCAGCUCCGGGGGCCACGGCGGCGGCUACGGGGGCGGCAGCAGCUCCGGGGGCCACGGCGGCGGCAGCUCCAGCGGCGGCCAGAGCGGAGGCGGAGGCGGAGGCUUCAAAUCCUCCUCCGGGGGGUCCGCUGGGGAGAGCUCCUCCUCGCCCAAGGGACCAAGGUCAGCAGAAACUAGCUGGGAUACUAAUAAAACCAGAGUGAUCAAGACAAUUAUUGAGGAAGUGACACCUGAUGGGAGAGUCCUUUCAUCCAUGGUUGAAUCAGAAACCAAGAAAUACUACUUUUAAGUUGCAUCUGUUGUGAAAGCCUCCCCUUGCACAGGCCAUUGCACACGGAUGUCCCGGCAGCAGAAUUCCCAGGACCGCACACCAGUCUGCACAGCCUGGACAGCAGGGUCACUCCUUGACAAUAAGAUGUCUGUGAGGUGCUUGGUGAUUUCUGUAUUUCUUCUUUCCCUUUACCAGAAAGUAUUCUUUAAUGAAAAAAAAAAAACUCCUGUUCUCACUCACUGAUGAAUUUCAAUAAACUUUCCUACUGAUGCAAACAAUCCAGAUUUGUCAGAAAUCACGUUUUCUUAACACGGUGGGUGGGUUCAGACCGAUCGUGGAUCUCAAAGCGUAUAAAAGUCUGUGACUACCCGACGUUCUUUUGAUACACUGUGUAUAGACAGGUCCCAGGUCUUGGCUGGAAAUCAUUUCAGUCCCGCAAGUUUGAAACAAAGGCAAAUACAUUUCUCCCAAGUUAAGCUGAUUGAAAAUUUCAAUAUCCAUCUGCCUCAUAAAAGAUCACCCGCAACAAAAUUAUCUGGUGUUUCUCAGGUGAUGCCCACAUGAGUAAAGGGGAGC